ACACACUAUAUACACAAGGGCCCGCAACUCAACGUGGGCAUCACCAAAUAUCGCUCCCCUUCCGCGAGGAUGAAUUGUAGAGGUGGCCCCAAGGGCACUUCUUCACAGGCCGCUCCUAAUGGCGAGUCUGGAGCAAAUCGGACGCCCGCUCCGCCCCCCAACCCCUCCCAGGCUGGCCCGCUAGUCGAGAUUCAAGAGCGACUUCCUCAGGUGCUCCGGAUUGCUUCUCCGAACGCAUCUCAACAAAACCUCGAGUUUCGUGCCCUCUCCGACAGGGUGGUGGAGGAAUCCGGGGCAAAUCAGCUAUGGAUAUCGAGGGUGUUGCGAGAAAGAGGUAACGGAUGAAGUAGAAGUGUUCUCCGCUCCCGGCAGGCAGGCAUAGAUGUCUAUGGAAACCAUGUGGCUUCAACUUCUUUGUCAUCUGGCUCCCAAUUACCGUACACCUGUUCUUGCUAUGGCUCGAGUUCACCUGAGUUGGCUGUGAACUACCAAGUUUCUCACUAUUCCCUCUCUUCAAUUGGAGUUUCGUAGGACGGUUUUCUCUCAGACCGAAUAGGCUGCUGUUUCCUUUUUCCAUAACUCACUGUCUCUUACUGUCUUCUACUGUCUCUAUAGUGUCUAAAAUUUUAAUGUGAAUUGUGGGCGGCGUGUUCUCAAA